AUGUUUGCGGUAUCUGCCGCAAUCCCUACGACAGCACUUGCUCGAAGUGCAAGUUUCCAGGCGACGAGUGCCCGCUGCCACUGCAUUUUCUCAUGGCUCAAGCAAGAGAGCUCGCAGGAGAAGUGCCCCAUGUGCCGUCAACGUAAACGACUCUCAAAUAUGGAUCCUUGUGCAGCAGCUGAAGAGGCACCAGUCGAAGAUGAGAUACCGUACCCGGAGCCCGGCUCCGAACAGACGCUCCUACCCCCGCCAAACUUCAGACCGUUCUUUGCUCUUGUAGAGGACUCGAAUUCGGGCGAGCACUACCAUCCAUACGUGCAUUAUGUGUUUGCAGAUGAUGACCCGGUGAUGGUGACUGCUGCAACUAUGCGUGGUAUGGGCCUGGAUGAUACAAGAUACUUGCCACACGGCACGCCAGACGGGCACGAAGAUCAAGACCAGGUGGGUGAGGAAGAGGAAGGGCAUGACUCUCCGGUUGAGUCUCCCCUGCCGCCUCCAGUACCAGGUGUGAAAGAGCACUACCUCAUAGUCGAUGUAGGGGCAGAUGGCCGUACGGUAGUCGAUGCACAAUCCCUGUCCUCGUCCUGGCAGAUUGUGAAUGCCUCCACACGGAUAGCACCCUCAUUCGACGAGAGCUCGCCAGACCAGGGUCUCAUGCUGCGGAUUGAGGGCGUGGAUAUACCCGGAAAGAGGAAGGGUAAGGGCAAGGGACAGCCUGGAGACAACACACUCAGUCAAGCGAGAGAGCGAUACCAGGGCGAUACGUUCGCAGCAAUGGAUGGACUGAUCGAGGGCAUCGAAGGCAGCCUCGCGGUUGCUGACAAGAUCACGAGCUUCGGGUCUAGGGACAAGGAAGAGAGUGCUCAGCCGACGUCGAAGCUGGGCACAGAAGAAAAGAGCGUAACGGAGACAGACCCACCGCUGGAUUUUGAUCGCACCGGGUAA